UUAAGAACACAAGAGAUGGUAGAGCCUACUGCUGUAAGAAUACUCAAAUUACUGGAAACUACUUCAGUUAGGGACAGGGUUUACAGAUUAGUGCAGUAUGCCACUAAGCUGGUCUCAUGGCUGUUGCAGAGGCAAGGGGUUAGUAAGGAAUUUAUUCUAAAGGCAAGGAAGUUAGAACAAACACUUUCGCUAGCCAGGAAAUUAUUUAGGAUGGGUAAAAGCUUUGAUCAUUUACGUGUGGCGAUGCAGACCAUUCACCUAAAGGAUCCCUUCCAACGCUUUGUCAUCACACUAGCCAAACUAUCCCGAUUCCUAUUCCUCCUCUUUGACCAUCUCGUCUGGUUCGGUCGACUACAGUUAUUCUGGAUCGACGCACAGAAAUGGAGCUACCGAUCGACUCGGUUCUGGUUCAUGGGAAUCUUUUUUGGUCUCUUGAGGGACUUUUACGACUUGUUUUCUGCCGUGAGGGUGGAGCAAUCGCGUCUGAGGCACGACAGCACUGGAGCAAAGAAGAAUCUAGCCACAGCCGUCUCUCGAAUGAUCCAGAACAAUCCUGCUCUCGUCUUGGACACUAUUAAAAACUCUACAGAUAUGUUUUUACCACUCUCACUCUUUGAAGUCGGGAAGAAUAUAUCUCCUGGGUGGGUUGGGUUGAUGGGUGUGGUUUCGACGUCUUGCAGUCUUAUUGCCGUUUGGAAUGAGGGUCUCAAGUUACGAUAUAGUUAACUGGACUCCGCCUACAAUGCUUAAUUGAGAAUGACUGAUUUUUGUAACGCAUGAUUACACACUUGAGCAAAUCAAAAUAUUUUAUUCGAUUAAAAAUUUAAAAUUAAUUGAUAAAAUUAAUAUAAUAACAAAUUGACUAAAUUAGUUAAGUGAUCAAAUUUGCAAUUAAUAAA